GUGAGAACUGGUCAUACAAAAGAGGACAUACACAAGGGCUGCAGUGUACAGUCUUGCAAACUUUUCUCUUUUUGUUAGUUUCUUGCACACCAAGAAUGAGGUUGCUGUAUAGCAUCAUAUAGCAGAUUCAAGUUUCAGAUUUAAGUGUAAGCAUACUUAUCAGAAGACAAGUACGGACAGGCAAAAAUGCAUCAUCAUCAAUAUUAUCAGGGAAAUAAUAAGCAACCUACCUCAAGAAUGUCGACUACUCCUGAAAGACAUCCGUUCCUGCAAGGUGGGAAUGCUGCAGGAGAUUCAAGUCUUGUCCUCUCAACAGAUGCAAAGCCUAGACUGAAGUGGACUCCAGACCUUCACGAGAGAUUCAUAGAGGCAGUCAAUCAGCUUGGUGGAGCAGACAAGGCUACACCAAAAUCAGUUUUAAGACUGAUGGGGAUUCAGGGACUUACAUUAUACCAUUUAAAGAGUCAUCUUCAGAAAUACAGGCUUAGCAAAAAUUUGCAUGGACAAGCAAAUAACAGGGCAAGCAAUAUCAUUGCAAUGGCUGGAGACACGAUGUCAUGCUCGGCCGGAACUUGCGGAAGUAAUUUGGACAUUGGACCUCAAACAAAUAACAAUUUACAUAUAGAUGACGCAAUACAGAUGCAGAUCGAAGUGCAGAGACGACUACAUGAGCAGCUUCAGGUACAGCGGCACCUCCAACUUCGAAUAGAAGCUCAGGGAAAAUACUUACAAACAGUGGUAGAGAAAGCGCAAGAUACUCUAGGAAGACAAAACUUAGGCACGGUAGGACUGGAAGCUGCAAAAGUCCAAUUAUCUGAAUUAGCCACUAAUGUAUCCACCACCAAGUGCCUUAACUCUGCAUUUCCCUAUCCACAACAUAAACAAGCAAGCCAGCCAAAAGACUGUUUACCACAAAGCUGCAUGGCCUCCUCUGAAAUAUUCCAACAGCACCAAGAGAAUCAAGAUAGAUGGAGCAGAGACCUUGAAAAGAAUAGAAACUUCAUGUCACCUAUUGUUCAAAGCGCAGAUAGGGCAUAUGAAAUAGAGCUUCGUGCCAGUGACUUGUCAACAAGAGUUGGUAUUCAGGGAGGAAACUGCAGACAUGUGGAAGAAAAAUUGAACAACAGGGAUGCAAAUGCUGAUCUUCUGUAUCCAAGAACGGACUCGGUUAAACAAGAGAAUGAGAGAAGGCAAGGUUAUCAAAUAUCCCACUCUUCCCCGAGGUUGGACUUAAAUAUUCAUGAUCACAGUGAUGCUACUUCAAAUUGUAAACAAUUCGACUUGAAUGGACUCAGCUGGUCCUGACUCUUCAUAUGAGCGCACUUGUCUGUAAACAAAUAAUUACAUAUUCAGAUGUUCCAGGUGUGGAGAAGAAGUAACAAAUCUCAUUGAAAUUUACUUCUCUCUGGUUGAGGAAAAAAAAAGAAUAGGGGACACCAAACAAAGGUCUCCAGAAGCACGGUUUAACGCAUAUAUCUGUAACUGGUCUACUUGUAAUGUUACGUUUUUUUGCUUCAA